AUGGCGGUGCUGGACGCUGCUGCCGUAGUCGGAGCCACACUUGAUGCUGCUGCGUCCAGCGACCUGGCAGCAGCGUCAUGGAAGAGAGCCAUCAAUCUUCCAUGGCUCGACCAGGACAAAGACCCCCGCGUCGGCGCCAACCGAAACGGCUCUGGCGACCAAGGCACCCUCAGCUCCCUUAACGGCAGCCAGGGCGCGUCCCUCUCUAAGCUCGGUUCAACCUUCAUCCCCGUUGUCAUUUACUUGACCGUCUGCCUUCUCGUCUUCAUCUUUCUGCGACGCCGAGUACCCCGAGUCUACGCCCCUCGGACCUUUCGCGUUCUACGUUAUCCCGAAACAACCAUAUCCGCACUUCCCAAUGGCUGGAUCGACUGGAUAAAGCCCUUUUUCAAGACGCCGGACUCGACGUUGCUGAACCAAGGCUGCCUUGACGGCUUCUUCUUUCUUCGGUUCAUAAAGGUCUUGCGUAAUAUCUGCCUUGUCGGCUGUUGCAUUGCCUGGCCUAUCCUGCUCCCUAUACACGCGACCGGAGGCCGAGGUUGGGCUGAGCUUGAGAUCUUGACGAUUGGAAAUGUCGUUAACUCAAAUAAGCUGUAUGCUCAUGCCGUUGUAGCAUGGCUCCUCUUCGGCUUCGUUCUCUUUACUGUCUCCCGUGAGUGCAUCUACUACAUCAACCUUCGACAAGCCUUCCUCUCGUCACCCUACUAUUCGAAGCGACUCUCUUCCCGAACCGUACUUUUCACCAGCGUCCCCCAGCGAUACCUCGAUGAAGCUCGUAUACGAAAACUCUACGGAGAUGGUGUUCGCCGAGUAUGGAUCCCCCGAACCUCCAAAGGCCUUGUCAAUUUGGUCAAGGAACGCGAGCAGACGGCAACCCGGCUCGAGCGCGCUGAGAUAGCUCUGAUCUGCAAAGCCAACCAGAUCCGAAAUAAACAGAUCCGCAAGGGCAAGCGUUCGCCCGAGCUUGAGACCUUUGAGAAGUCACCUGCGUUGGUAGAAGAAGCCGAGACAAGCGAUCCGAACCAGUCCCCGAGGCGACCCAGCUCGACCGUCGUGUCAGAGAGUCGACCGCAAUCAAGUACACCCCUUCCACUGCCUGAGAUUCAGUUGGAAGGUGAACCAAUAUUACAGCCGUUGGGUCCGGAGAGCGUGGAUGAUGAGAAAGGGCCAGAAGAGGAAGCUAAAUCCAUUGAUUCACAGGAGGACGACUCCAUGUACGUACACCCAUACGGGCUCAACCCGAAGCUGCCUGAUGUUCGUGGAUCUGUCGCUGCUCAGUACAUGGGGGCGGAUAUGCGUCCACACCAUCGUCCUAUUGGAAACUACUUGCGACGAGUCGACACGAUCCGGUGGACCCGCGUGCGGCUGAUUGAGCUCAGCCAGCGCAUAGCGAAACUGCGAAAACAGCUGCGGCGCGGCGGUGACGACAAGUCGACUACAUGGCCGGCCGUCUUCGUUGAGUUUGAUACCCAAGAGGCGGCCCAGGCAGCGCACCAAGUCGUUGCGCACCACCAGCCGCUGCACAUGGCUCCUCGUAUUCUGGGAAUUCGCCCUGACGAUAUCGUCUGGAGCUCGCUGAGGAUGAAUUGGCUCGAGCGCAUCGUGCGUAGGUUUUUGAUCCUCGGCCUCGUCAUCGCUGCCAUCAUUUUCUGGUCGAUACCCUCAGUUAUUGUAGGCGCCAUCUCCAAUGUGGAUUCCUUGAUCGAGAUAUUCCCCUUUCUAAGCUGGUUGGGCGACUUGCCGGGCGCGAUCACGGGGUUCCUCACUGGCUUUGUCCCUGCUAUGGCCUUGACACUUUUCAUGGCCAUAGUCCCCGUUUUGCUUCGAUACUGUGCUGUUGCUGCUGGCGUUCCGUCUUAUACCAGGGCUGAGCUUUUCACGCAGACGGCAUAUUUCGCCUUCCAAGUGAUCCAGGUUUUCCUCGUCACUACAAUCACCUCGGCGGCGUCAGGCGCCUUGUUCGAGAUUCUUCUUGCGCCUCUUACAAUCAAAGACGUGCUCGCGGCGAACCUCCCCAAAGCAUCUAAUUUCUACCUUUCAUAUAUCCUUAUCCAAUGUCUAAUGAAUGCGGGAACGUCCCUUCUUCACCCUUUUGACCUCUUUCGACAUGUAUUUCUUCGCAAGAUUGCCCGGCUACCGCGCAUGCACCACCGGAUCUUCUACACGAUGAAGCCUGCUCUAUGGGGGCGAGACUUCCCUAUCUUCACUAACCUAGGCGUCAUUGCCCUCUGCUACGCCUGCAUUGCGCCGUUGGUUCUCAUUUUCGCAGCCUGCGGCAUGUCUGUCACCUACAUCAUCUGGCGCUAUAACAUUUUAUAUGUCUAUGACUCGAGCAAUGACAGCCAUGGUUUAUUCUACCCUCGAGCUCUCAUCCACCUGAUAGUGGGUCUCUAUCUUGCCGAGAUAUGCCUCAUUGGGCUGCUGUUCCUGAACUCAGCCAACGGUCCAGGCGUGCUCGUUGUCCUUCUCCUCAUCUUCACGGCUCUGGUGCAUUACUCACUGGCAAACGCCAUCUACCCACUGAUCCAGAACCUACCGCAGACGCUUUUGCUGGAGGAGGAAAUACAACAGGAGGAGAAGGCGGCGGCCGAGGCCGCAAAGUACAGGCAAGAGCAUGCGGAAGAAAAUCACGAGCUUCAUGGCGCGGCUAGCACCUAUUUCGAUGCGGAAGAACAGUUUGGCGACUGGGAGGAUGACCUCGGCAAUGGAAGCGAUGAUGAUGACGAGAGCGAAAACUACCAUGGACAGCAGCAAUCUAGAUCAGAGCCCGUGACGCAAAGGGGCUUGAGCUUGGGGACGGAAGGAUCGGGCGACUUCCGGGACGCCUUUAGAGGCCUGUUCAAGGAUUGGACGAAGAAGGCUGCCAAGGAGCAGCUGCAGUGGCUCGGCGUCAAGCCUCCGACCAAGGAAGAGGCGCGUCCCAGCGCAGUCGUCCGAUGGUUCAGCCCACAUAUCCACGACGACUUCAUCGCCAUCUGCAAGGACCUCAUGGACCUGCCGGCCACGCUGGACGACAUGAGUACAGACAGGCGGUACACGUACCUGCCGCCGGAGAUGUGGACUCCUAAGCCUGUGCUCUGGAUCCCGAGAGACGAGGCGAGGGUGAGCAGACAGGAGGUUGCGCACACGCGCAAGUCGACGCCCAUCAGCGAUCGGGGGGCGACGCUGCAUGCGUCUGGGAAGGUGACUGUUAAUGUGGAGGAGGCGCCGUUUGCACUGCCACGGCUGUUAUUGUAA